AUGGACAACUCACCAGAGUCAUCAGCAGAGGAGCCUAUGGAAGACCCCGCGGAGGAGGCGCUCCCUUGCCUGACUCACGUCUACACGUUGUAUAUUGGGAACCUGAACCCCAAGUACUCGCGGGAGGUUCUCUGCAGCAUGCUGAAGGACAUUCUGGGCACCGCCAGCCUCCCCCUGCAGCGGCAUGACAUAGAAGUGGUGAAGAAACCGAGACGGGCCUAUGCCUUGGUGCAGGUGGCCACCGAGCUGAGCCUGGAGAACGUCCUGAAGCAGCUCCAGGUUGCCUCGGACAUGGAGCAACAUCUCCUCAGAGAGCUAGUGAUGAGGGGGAAAACCCUGGUGGUGGGGGAAGGCAGGCGAGCCUCGCCCAGUGCUAAGGAGGAGAUCGUGGGCCAGGAGCGCUUGUUCUAUGGAGCCUUCAUGGGGAGCGAGACCAGGAACGUGGAGUUCAAGCGGGGUGGGGGAGAAUACCUGAGUGUGACCCUCAAACACCACGUCCGGAAGUAUGUGUGCGCCUUCCUCAACAGCGAAGGGGGCAGCCUCUUUGUGGGGGUGGAGGACAGCGGCUUCGUGCAUGGGGUCAUGUGUGGGCACAAAGAGGAGGACCGCAUCCGCCUGCUCAUCGACUCCAUUCUGAAAGGGUUCAAGCCGCAGGUGUUCCCCGAUGCCUACACCCUGACCUUCAUCCCUGUGGUCAAAGCAGAAGACACCGGCAUCUUCCUGAAAGUGAUCCGGCUAAGCGUUCAUCUGCCCAGGCAGCAGGGGGAGCUGCUGCUUUAUGAAACGGACCAGGGGGAAGUGUACCUGCGCCGGGACGGCAGCAUCCAGGGACCACUCUCUGGGAGCGCCAUCCAGGAGUGGUGCAGGCAGAAAUGGACAGGAGAAGUGAGGAAACUGGAAGAGCGGAUAGAGAGUUUGAUGAAGGAGAAGGAGAGCCUGCAGCAACAAAUCAACCAGCAGCGGAGCCCGAAUCCCAAAUCUAGAUUCUGCACCAUCCUGUGA